AUGAACAUUGGAAAAUCACAAUCAGCAAAAGGUCCAAUAAACAAAGAAAAAGAAAAUCUACUUUCACCAACAAGGUCAUUGAACUUAUCGCCAAUUAAUCAUUUAAUUGAUGAUUUAGCAAGUGAAUUGAAAGAGUACAACACCACUUACCAAUCCGGUAUGAGUGAUUCAUUCCAAAACAUAACCACACAAGAUGAGAAAAAACCAACAACUUUAGAUCAUCCAUUUACAGCAUUUAGUAAAAAACGAGAAAACAUUACCAGCUCAGUCUACGACGAUUCACCACUUAUUACGUCUUUUAAAAACAGCAACAAACAAACAGCAACCAAUUCAAACCAAGACAACUAUGUUCAGCCACAAUAUAACAAAAACGUCCCAACAAACACUUUGGCUUCAAAUUCUCCCAUGUCAUCAAUAUAUUCACCAGUACAAACUAGAAAAACUACAAGACCAACAAAUGCAAUAAGAUCAUCAAUUUUAACAAACAAACAACAAUUGGAAAAUUCAGAAUUGCAAAACUUAACUUUAAAUGCUGACGAUUCAAUUGCCAGCGAUGCAAAUAACACUCUUCCAAACACAGGCCCAAGCAAUACUUUUGAUUUCGACAAUACGUUAACAACAAUAACCACUAAUAACAGUUCUCCAAUGAAACCCACUACUGCUGCUAAUAAUACGACCGUAGAUUCUUCCGAUUACGCCUACCUUUUCAUAAUGGCAGUGCAUUCCUUCGAUACAUCAACUUUGGAAAACGAAAACGACAAAACCAUUUGUUUAGAUUUCGAUAAAUACGAUGUUGCAUUCGUACAUAACGUAGAUGAAUCAGGUUGGGGAGAAGUAACCUUAAUUAAAAAUGAAAAAAGAGGUUGGAUACCGUUUAAUUACUUUGAGGACACGAUCAAAACUGUUAAAGGCAAUAAGACCAUCGACAUAAUAAAUUCAAGAAUACCUAUGAAAUUAUUACUAUCUGCUUCAGCACAAUUUUUAUUGAACCCACAAAAUUUUAGAUUACCUGGAACAAAUUCAUAUACAUUUAAUGUGGAUUACAUUAAUAGAAUCAGAGAUGGAGUAAAACAAUUAUUGGAAAUGACCAAUUGUGUAUCUCGUUCGAACGAAUUAGUAAAAUCAAAGCCUAGAAUAAAAAAAGCCAGAAAACGACUACUAGCAGAAUGGUACAAUCUGAUGAUAAAGGCGGACUCAUAUAAGCAAACAACAUCUUCAAGAAGAAUCGAAAAACUGACGGCAAUAUUAUAUCAAGUCCUAAAGAUGAGUUUCAACUUCUUUGUAACAUGGUCCCAUGACAUCUUGGAAUAUGAAAAAGAAAUGGCAACAACAAAAUCAAUUGACCCAAUGAAACCAAGUAAUACUCAUUUCAACAAACCCAAUCUAGACAUAAAAAAUUUGGACACAAUUCCUUUCGCGAAAUCACGUCUAAAUGAAAUACACUGUUUACUAUUCAAUUACAUUGCGAUCAUACUUGGAAGAUUAGAUUUGAUAGAACACAAUCCUAUAGGCUGUGAAGCACUAGAACUGAUAGUCCACCAAAUUAUAAUGUUACUCAGAGAAUUACUAUACAUCAGCAAAUCAUGUUCUUUUUUCAUACAAGAAAAAUACCAAAAUGGCUAUGAAAACACUUUGGAUUCUAAUUUAGACCCACUUCUAUCUUUGGUUUCCGAUCUUAUCUCCACCAUAAAAGACCUCGUAACGAAAACAAUUCAUGACGAUUAUAAGAGCGAUCUGGGUAAAGAAAAAGUUACAUCCGAAAUAUAUCAAUACACGCAAGAUGGUUCACGUUUGAUAAACAUCAUUUGUCAGAUGACAGCUUUAAUUUCAAAAACGGUUCAAGGUGUAUCAAAUUAUCUAAAGCUAAUUGGUGAUUUUGAAUUAGAUAGUGACAGGAAAUAUCCAAAUUUCAAAUUAUUGAAAAUUACGCCAGCGGAUUUCAUUAAAAAAUGUUCCAUCGGCCUCGCAAAAAAUAUAGAUUACAAGAAAUUGCAGAGUUCUUACCAAAUGGAAUCAGUUAGGAAAAAAAAUUCAGAAAAUAAAAAUAUUUCAUUAUCAAGAUAUUCAACAAUAAGGGCUGGAAAUAGUAAAAAUGAGUUCACUUAUCAAGGCACUCAACUUCUUCAAAAUACACUCAAUGAAAAUAAAUCUUUUGACAGGUACUCAAUUUUUGAGAAAUACACAGUAGACAACGAUGAAAAAUCUGAUAUUUUGACAACAAAUGACACUGAUAUUUUGCAUGACGAACUUGUAAGAAAUUCAAGCAACAAUAUAAUUGGUGGCUCAUUCAGAGCAUUGGUAAUUAAGUUAACAGAUGAAAUUGAUAAAGCAGAUGACUUUUUAAUCUUUUCUUUUCUUCUAAAUUUUAGAAUAUUUGGAACACCAGAAACAUUAAUAGAAAUUCUAAUUGAGCGAUUUGAUACGGAGGGUAAAAGAUCAACUACCCAAACUUAUAACAAGAGUGGUCCAUACAGCUCGAGUGAAUCAAGGAUUAAAAAUCGUAGAAGAAUAAUCUGUAAUAUAUUCAAUAUAUGGAUGGAAACGUUUUGGAACUAUACAACCGAUUUUACCUUACUUCCAACCAUGAUUAAUUUUUUCAAUGAAGGAGUUUGUGAAUUUCUUCCUAUCGAAGGAAAGUUAUUGAUUGAAGUUGCAGCAAAAUUAAUGAAUAAAACAUCUUUAAAAAGAAAUUCAAACAUAAUACCAAAAGGGUGCUUCGAUCAAUUAAAAGUUAGAAGUAUUCAACCUUCUAGCACGUCAUCCAUUUUAUCUGAGAAGUCAAUUGCAAGAAGUAGUAUCGCUUCAUCCAUUUUGACACUAGAUGAAAAUUUAAUUGAGGAAUACGAGUUAAUUGACCCUUUAAAACAAAAAAGAGAUUCCUUUUCAUUAGAAUUGCCAAUAUUGAAUUUAGGAAACUAUUCAUUAUUAUCAAAGGAAGACGUACAAAAUAUUGAAAGAAGUUUAGAUUUCUACAAACAAAUUACGAAUAAAACAAAGGCUGAAACAAAUUCUUUAAGAAAUAUCAACUUACAAACAAAAGAUAUAAUAGAUAAUUGGAUUAGAAUAACAAUUGGAACAACUUUAACACCACGAUUUGAUAAACUACAGAUAAAAAAUUUGGUUUCAUUUAAUGCGUUGGAAGCAGCCAAACAACUAACUUUGUUGGAAUCGACGCUCUAUAUGGAAGUACAACCAUUUGAAUUAAUUAAUGAGAAUUUUUUACAAAAGAAAAAGCUUUUGAAUUUAUCUCCAAAUAUUAAUGCAACACUGAACUUCACAAAUCAAUUUACAAAUUAUGUUUUGGAAAGCAUUUUAACACCAAAUUUAUCAAUCCCUAAAAGAUGUUCCAGAUUAAAGGGCUGGCUUAGAAUUGCUCUUUCAACCUUGUACUUUAGAAAUUAUAAUUCUUUGGCAUCAAUAAUGAUAGCAUUGCAAAGUCAUUCAUUAAGUAGGCUAUACUUCCUAUGGGAGGAUUUAACUGAAAAAGACAUAAAAUUAUACGAUUUCUUAUGUCAGAUCAUCCAUCCAAAUAAUAACUACAGAGUAUAUCGAGAGAAAUUAAGAAUAUUAAAGAGUGGCAAUAACCAAGCACCACUAAGUUUAAGCAAAUCACCUCUACCAAUCGUACCUUUUUUCAACCUAUUCUUACAAGAUUUAACUUUUAUAAAUGAAGGUUUACCAGAUUAUAGAAAUCCAGAUUCAUUUAGACCUAACAAAAUUAUUAACAUGGACAAAUUCUUCAAGAUAACCAAUACACUUUCCACAGUGCAAUUCUUUCAGGUCAAAUAUGAAACAGAAAAUGUUGUGGCUAACAAUCAACGCGAUUCAUUUUUCCAUUUAACAGAUCAGAUGGGUGUUGAUACAAGAAACAUUAAACCAUUACCACUGUUCCAAGAGUUUAUCCUAUAUGAGUUCUGGUACGUUAACACAUUCUACACCGCAAACCCUGACAGAAGCUACGAAUUGAGUUUGCAAUUAUUACCCAGAAAAUAG